GUAGGAGCGAUGGAGACCCUGACCCUGAUCUCAGCUUUACUUUCUAUGUUCUGUUGGAUCUCUUCCUCCGUUGGUGAUUUUCGGACCGUCGAGGUUCUGCCUGGUGAAGAAGUCACAAUGCUGUGCUCCAACUUCACCGAUCUGUUCACUCGCAUUUUCUGGUACAGGUUGGCCAACACUGGAUCCAACAUCAGUUCCAUCUCAUCUAUGCUCAGCUCUGAUGGCAACGCAACGCUCUAUACUGGUUUUAAAAAUGGAAGAUUCACAAUGACUUCCAACAACAGUCAUGUCUUCCUGAACAUCAAACCAGUGGAUUUAUCAGACUUUGGCCUGUACUUCUGUAGACGUUACAGAAACAACGGCAUGGACAUCUUCGAUCACACCUAUUUAAAGAUGCAAGAUUCACUGAACUCAACCUACAUGCUCCUGGGAGGUUUAAUCGUUUUCCUGAUCGUGGUCAUCGUUGCCUUGGUUUUCAAAAUCAGAAGCUUUCACACAGCUCAAGAUAAGAGACUGACUUCUCAGAACACUCAGAGUCAGGAGUCUGAUGGCCUGAACUAUGCAGCAGUGAGUUUCGAGCACAGAACAAACCGUGGAAGAAGGCAAACAGCUGAGCGAGAGCGGGAGACACAUGUGGUGUACGCUGCUACAAGAUAAAGCUAUGAAGCCACCAGAGCAGCAAGUUCAGAGAGAAAAUCUUACCUGUUGGUGGAGGUUUGCUCUGUAGUCCUGUCUCCAAAA